CAAUAGGAACUAUUUAAGGCAUCCUCCCAUCCCCUGCCCCCCCUUUACUUCAUCGUUUGUCUGCCCCUUGGUUUCAAUAUAAUAAGCAUUCACUUCAAUUCAUUGCUCAUUACUCAAAGAUGGAUUCAUUUGGAGCCACUAAAUCUCAUGCAGUAUGUGUUCCAUUUCCAGCACAAGGCCAUGUUAACCCCAUGAUGCAACUAGCUAAGCUCUUGCACUCAAAACGGUUCCACAUAACCUAUGUUAACACCGAGUUCAACCAUGGACGCUUGAUCCGGUCUAGAGGGGAAGAAGCCGUUAAGGGUCUGCCGGAUUUCCAGUUCGAAACCAUUCCAGAUGGGCUGCCACCUUCUGAUCGUGAUGCAACGCAAGAGGUUCCAUCACUAUGCGAAUCCACAAGGAAGACUUGCUUCGCUCCAUUCUUGGAACUGUUAGCUAAGCUAAAUUCCUCACCCGAACUGCGGCCUGUUACUUGCAUAGUUUCUGAUGGAAUCAUGAACUUCGGAAUCAAGGCUGCUGAAGUACUAGGCGUACCAUACGUUCAGCUCUGGACUUCUUCAACUUGUGGCUUUUUGGGCUACUUGAAGUACAGAGAACUAACCGAAAGAGGCAUUGUUCCAUUCAAAGAUGAAAACUUCGUUGGUGAUGGGACUCUUGAUAUGCCGAUUGAUUGGGUCCCUGGUAUGAAUAACAUGCGCCUCAAGGAUAUUCCAAGCUUCAUCAGAACCACCAAUCCCGACGACAUUAUGUUGAAUUUCGCCAUGUCAGUAUCAGAAGAAUGCUUAAAAUCUACUUCAAUAAUUUUCAACACAUUUGAUGAGUUAGACAAAGAAGUGUUAGAAGUCAUUGCAGCCAAAUCCCCUGAUAAUUAUGCAAUUGGUCCACUUAACUUGCUUUGUAGGCAAAUUCCAGAAAGCCAAUGCAAGUCACUAAAUUCAAGCUUAUGGAAAGAAGACGCAAGCUGUAUCGAAUGGCUUAACAAAAUGGAACCCAAGUCAGUGGUGUAUGUGAAUUAUGGUAGUGUGACUGUGAUGUCAGAUCAUCAUCUGAAAGAAUUUGCAUGGGGACUGGCAAACAGCAAGCUCCCAUUUUUAUGGAUAGUAAGGCCUGAUGUGGUCAUGGGCGAGUCUGCUGUUUUGCCUAAAGAAUUCAUGGAAGAGAUAAAGGAUAGAGGAUUCACAACAAGUUGGUGCCCCCAAGAACAAGUAUUGUCCCACCCAGCAGUAGGUGUUUUCCUGACACAUUGUGGGUGGAAUUCUAUGUUAGAAGCCAUAUGCGAAGGUGUGCCUCUAAUCUGCUGGCCUUUCUUUGCUGAGCAACAGACAAAUUGUCGAUAUGCUUGCACCAAAUGGGGCAUUGGCAUGGAAAUCAAUCCUGACGUCACGCGUGACGAUGUCAAGGCUCUUGUUAAGGAAAUGAUCGAAGGAGAUGAGGGAAAAAGGACGAGGCAAAUGGCCACGGAAUGGAAGAAGAAAGCUGAAGCUGCUAAUAGUAUCGGAGGUUCUUGCCUUGGUAAUUUUGAUAGAAUGAUUAAGAAGGCUCUCCAUCAUAAAACUAGCUAGAUUACUAGUACCAUUAUUAAAUAAAAAUAGGUUGGUUUUUCUAUCCGUACUGGAAUCAAUAUUGUAUCAUUGACCCACCUUGUUGCCUUUCUGCUUUCAGUCCACAAAAUAAAUAAUAAUAAUAAUUGAGAUCAGUACCAGGUACUGAAAUUUGUGUCCAA